CUCGGAGGAUCCUUGUUCAACAUUUUGACGCGUCUUUGUCGGCAAUGGACGUCGCGAACUUCCCAAUGUGGCCCUUGUGUGGUUCACUCGAUGGGCCGUAGAUCCCGAGAGCAUGAAGAUGCGAGGAAUACAAAUGCCAGGUCGGUGGCACCUGGUUCAAUGCUGCUGACAAUUGAGAUUGUACCAUUUUGACCAAGAUGCUUUCUUCCUUGUUCAAUGCUGUCGCAUUGGCUCUCGUAGCUGAUGUCGCAUCUGCUGCUGCCGUCAGUAACGUCGCCAACUCGAAGACUGCUGGCUCUACGGCUUCGGAUGUCUUCCCUCCUGCAAGCACCAAAGCGAACACCUCCCUGUUCCCCGAUGAGUCAGUUGUUGGCUUCCCUGGACCUACCCCGACCGGAAAAGAGGCAGCCGCUGCCCAAACUGCACCUCUGUACCCAUACAACUCAGGCGCUGCACAGUCGUUCCCUCUGGCUGUCCCUCAGCCUCAUGGUUCUUCUGCUUUCGGCGACAAGUUCGACAUCACCAAGUACUGGGGUAAUCUUAGUCCUUGGUACUCGGUCUCAUCUGCCGACUAUGGUCUGCCAGAAGCCAACCCCUUGAUCCCUGAGGGUUGCACCAUCAACCAGAUGUUGUUGCUAUACCGUCACGGUGCCCGUUACCCUACCAGUGGUGCUGGUCCUUCCACUUUUGCGCAAAAGGUGCACAAUGCCACUGUCGCUGGCUUCAAUGUCACAGGAGACUUGACAUUCUUGGCCGAUUGGACCUACAAGCUCGGUGCUGAGCUUCUUACUCCCUUUGGUCGCAGUCAAAACUUCCAACUCGGUGUUGAGUACCGUCAGCUGUACGGUGAGCUUCUCAACAACUUCACCGAGCAGGAUGCUCUGCCCGUCUUCCGUACUCAAUCGCAGGACCGUAUGGUCAAGACUGCUGAGAACUUUGCUGCCGGUUUCUUCGGUGUGCCCGAGUACUUGAACCAGGUCAACAUCGAGAUUCUCGUGGAAAACUCGACUGUAAAUAACUCCGGUGCCCCUUACGAGGUCUGCCCUAACUCCAACAUUGCCACUCGUGGUAGCAUCGGUAGCGCUUUGGCCGCCAAGUUUGCCAACAAUGCUUUCAACGCUACUCUCGCCAGACUGAAUGCUCAAGUCUCUGGUGCUCUCAACUUCACUGCCACAGACGCCAUCGAGAUGCUCCAGCUCUGCUCUUAUGAGACCAAUGCUUUGGGCUACUCCAAGUUCUGCGGCCUUUUCUCCGAAGAGGACUUCAUCAACUACGAGUACUACUACGAUCUGUCUUUCUACUACAACAACGGACCUGGUUCGCCAGUUGCUGCCGCCCAGGGCAAGGGUUUCCUGCAAGAGUGGCUUGCUCGCUUCACCCACACCUACCCCGAUGCGACCUCCGCUCUGAACAAGACUUUCGACAACUCAUCAACCUAUUUCCCUCUGAACCAGUCCAUCUACGCUGAUGCCACCCACGAGGUCGUCGUUCUCGACACUCUUACCGCCUUCAACCUAACCGCCCUGUUCAACGGCCCUGCCCUCAGCCCCACCGGCAACCAAGGAACCAACUCCUUUGUCGCAAGCAAGCUCGUUCCCUUCGCCACCCACUUCACCACUCAAAUCAUGACCUGCCCUUCCAGGAACCAGACCAAGCAGAUUCGUUUCUUGGUCAAUGAUGCUGUGGUUCCUGUUUCGGAUUCCCACCCUGGCUGUCCCGUUGACAAGGAUGGCCUUUGUGGUUUCGACACCAUGGUCAGCAUUUUGCAGAAGAGAGUUCAGGAGAUCAACUACAACUACGACUGCUUUGCCAACUACACUGCUACUCCUGGUGUCAACUACAAUGGUCGCGCUCCUGCUAUGUAAAUUCGCGAUCUGGGCAUCGUUCUUCAUAUCAUGUAUAUAAUCAGACAUGAGCUUUCUGAAAAAGCGUCCUUACACUACUCACCCAUUCAGUCUCCUACUUGCAUGUAGUCAGGAAUGAUGAUGCCAAACUUUCGGCUAUUAGUUGGUGGAACAAUCAUCGACCUGCAAGCAGAAUCCACGAAAUGAUAGACCCCAUGAUUGCUGUGUAGACGAGUAUGAUGGUAAAGGUAAACUCGACCAAGAGGAGAUAGAGGAACAAUAUAUGCUGCCCAAGACGAACGACUCGGAUUCGGAGUCGGAACAUGCAAGGGCAUCAUGUCGCGUAUGGCCUAAGUUAAGACAAAAGAUUGGACGAAAGAAUGGCAUUGUUUUCCACUAGCGG